AUGAGUAAAAGUGGGUCUGAGUUCUUUGAUAACGAAGGUCGGUUUUCCCCGCAUUCAGAUGAUUCCCGCUAUAAUCUUGAACCGCAUGAGGUUGUACUCGAGACUCCACCCUACGUUUCAGAAAACGAUUUACACUGUCCGAGUGAGAAAGCGAUAAUUCCUGGCGACUCUUCUUUAUUAGCAGCAAGUACGCAUAACGAUGAACUCGAAGAGGGGGAGUAUAAGGUCACUGCAGAAAUGGGUUAUUUUGUAUCUGAGCAAAGAACUGGUUCUUCUGAGGUUGGUGAAUCGCCUGCGGAAAAUUCUGCCUUUGUUGCUGCAGAAGAAAGCACGUGCGAUCGGGAAGGCAAGGUCCAGAAGCAAGAAGAACCAAGUUCUGAGAGUGAUUUUGACGACGAUCGGGAACCAGAUGAGUAUGUUGUAGAAAAAAUUCUCAAAAAAAGAAUCCUGAAGAAGUCCGGCAGAGUAGAAUAUUUAGUUAAAUGGAAAGGAUAUGAAAUUGAGGAAAGCACCUGGGAGCCCGAAGAGAAUUGUGUGUCCGCGAAGGGAGCUAUUGCUGAUUUUGAGGCUGAAGAAGCAAGGAAAAAAGAUUUGAAAGGGCUUCAAAAAACCAAGAAAAGAAAGGAUAGGAAACGUAGCAAUUUAAAACUCAGUAGCAGUUCUGGAAGUUCGCCUAACACUAUGUCCACCACGGAAAGAAUGUCUUCCAGCCCAGAAACAGAAUCGGCACAAGAGCGAAUUAAUGAUGAGGGUAAUGGUGACAUUGAAACCGUUAUUGGCGUCAAGAGAGGUAGUGAUGGUAUUUUAAAUGCUGUAGUGAAAUAUAAAAAUGGUACUUACACACUGCUGCCAACGAAGGAUCUUGUUAAAAUGAAUCCUCAGGUUCUCGUCGAUUUUUAUGAGUCCUUAAUAAUAUUUCGCCCUACUAAUUCAGAAUGA